GGCAGUGUAAACACAACUCCAGGAACAUGAAAAGAUCGGGUGACAGUGAGGGGGAGAAGAGAAGAAAGAGGCGGAGGCUUCUGCAGGAGUUGGGAGACCAGAAGAUACCUUUCCUGGGACCUACAGAGCGAGGCUUUCAGCAGCUGUGGGACUCCAGCUACACUGGACUUGUGUUAAGGAGAUCCUGUUCACUUCCUGUUGAGCUCCAUGCUAAAGUGGAGGCAGCCUUCCUAACACUGAGAAAGAAAGGUAGUCUCCUGAGAGAUCUGGUGCGUGUGCGGGACAGAGAUGUGUUCACCGCUGUGUCUCGUGCCCUGCUGGGGGAACCUGGACAUACCUAUCGCUACCUGGACACACGACUGUUUGCUAUUCCCUGGCACAGUGAAGACAAUGAACUCAAAGCAGAGAACUGUUGUGACCCAGAUUUCAGGGCUGCGUGCAAAGCAUUAUGGGAACUGAAUAACUUUUUUUGCUCCGAUGUGUCUCAGCUCAAAGAAGGAGACAGACUCGUACAAGGCGCAAAAGCUGUGAACACAGAAGUGAAACAAGGAGAUGAGGGGGACAGUGAAGACUCCAAGAACAGUGAAGGAGUGGACUCUGAGUCCAGACAGAGUGAGGAAGGAGACACUGAGUCCAAGCACAGUGAGGAGUGGGACAUAGAGUCCAAACACAGUGAUGAGGGCUGCUCUGGGACAAAAGCAGAGGGCGAGUGGGAGACAGGCUCUAAACACAGCAGUGAGGAGGGCGAGUCCUCACAAAUCAAACAAUGUGAAACAAGUGUUAGUUCACAUAGUGAAGCUAAGUGUCCUACAUGGGUGACCAAGGCCAUUUGUGGUUCAGAGCCUAAGCCGGUGGGACCAGAGGACAAUGAAAAACCAGUGGCCCAGCUCAAGCACAGCCUGUCAGAUUAUCACAUUGAAGAUAAAGAGAAUCGGGAAAGUAGGUGUUCCCCGCCCAGCUUGCCAAUUCUGUGCACUGGUCCAGUCAAGUUCAAUGUGACCUUACUAAACUAUAUGGACCCAGCUGCUAUGAGCCAGCUCAAGGAGGAGCCUUACUAUGGCAUGGGGAAAAUGGCAGUCGGGUGGCACCAUGAUGAGAACCUUGUCACUCAUUCUCCAGUGGCUGUUUAUAGCUAUAGCUGCUGUCCUGAUCAGAAAGGUGAGAGCAGUGAAGGAGGCAGCAGCGAGAGGUCCUUCUGGAGGAUCGGCCUGAAAGUUGCCUGGGACAUCCACACCCCAGGCCUAAUGCUGCCGCUUGAGUCUGGGGACUGUUAUUACAUGAGAGAUGACCUGAACACCACCCAUCAGCACUGUGUCCUUGCCGGAGACACGGCCCGCUUCAGCUCCACACACAGAGUGGCCGAGUGUUCAAGAGGGACGCUGGCUUAUAUCCAGUCACGGUGUCAGGAGGCCCUGUCCAACCUGCGCACAGACCCAGAGACAGGCUCCCACAGCCUGCUGGCCCUUCUGCCCACUACACUGCAGCACUGUGAGGAGAUUCACAAUGAGGUGGAGUUUGAGUGGCUGCGGCAGUACUGGUUCCAGGGCAGGCGCUACACUCGCUUCUGCAGCUGGUGGAGCAGACCCAUGGAGCAGCUGGAGAAUGACUGGAGGCUUAUGGAAACCAUGACAAAGCUGUUUCUGGUGAUGGUGGAGGAUGAUGGAACAGCAGGGGACAACCGGAGGGAUAUGGCAGAAACCUUACUGUCGGCUUUGACAGACAGACACCAGCAAAGACAGACAUGGAGAGACAGGUGCCACUCGACACUGGCCCAGACAUUGCCCCCCGAGGAAGCCCCCGUGGACCGGCCUUUCUGGGGAGUGGAUGACCCCAGCAUGCCUCUGCCUUUUGAUCUGGCGGACAUCAUCAACAGAGUGGAGUCGCUGCUCUGGAGGAUGUGAUGUACCCAGGUGUUUUGAAGUAACCCACCAGCUUUUGUGAAUGGCCCCAAUGGAAUGGAGGGACGAGACCACUAACAGCACCAACGUGAUCUGACCAUGGAUUUCUUUUGACACCGGGGCAUCUCGCAACACCAUCUGCAUACCGCUUCACCCACAGUAUACCACCCUUCUCACCUAAACCUGACCCAGCCUUAUACUUACAGUACUACAAGUAUCACAAUAUUAUCACAAUAGUGCUUCAGUAACAUAUGCUACAAGUCAAGUGUAUCAAGCUAGUAUAACAAACCCUGCAUUUCAGUGUUAGCAUACAUUGUGUAACUAUUUAUUUCAAUGUACUCACGCUCAUGUUUUAUCAGUAGAUUGAGUCAUUCUCACACAGUAUCGUAAGUGCAUAUAUACUUUUCAGAUUUCUUCAUAGUGCUAUAAUACCAUACAAAGAUAUAGACUGCAUUUUUGCUCACUCGCAUUACUUCAUUGUGUAUAAUGUAUUUCUAUUCUUUGUGUUCGGAGGUAGAAUGAGACUGAAGAGACCAAAGUAAGCUAUGAUAAGAAAGUUAUGAAUGUCAACAAAUAGAUUUUAUGAAGAAUGUGACGUUUUUGUGUUUUUAUGGUGCGUGCCUGUAUCAUUGUUGUUCGUUUUAUCCUGUGUAUGUGUGUAUGUGUUUGUCAGAUGUGGCACAGUUCACUUUCACUUUUGUUGGCAUACCGUGGGCUGGUAUUAUUGCGUAUAUUGCGGGGACUAAAAUGUGCAUACACUCAAUUCAUGAUGACCCGACUCUCUCAUAUGGGGACAAACCUUUAUAAUUAGAUCAACAACAUGGUUUAAAGCUCGGAUAUGGGUUAAAAUAGUUAAGGUUUAGGUAAGGGUUGGUCUCCAGGAAAUGAAUGUAAGUCUAUGUAAUGUCCCCAAGAAAUACACCCAACAUGUGUGUGUGUGUGUGUGUGUGUGUUUGUGUGUGAGCGCGAUAGUGUGUUAGAAGCCCGUAGGCAGCCUGCCAGUUGUUUGUUCUUGAAGAUGUGCGUAUGGGGGGGAAAGGGAGACUAGCAAGCAUGGGUCCCUCUGCCUAUGCUGGGAUGAAAGCAGUACUGAUAGAAUGACCCAGAACACAGCCGCCGUUUUUCAUAAUUACAGCUGUUCUAUCGCUUUUAAUUACUAUUAAAGUGUGUAGAGUACCACGCGCCCCUGUAAUGCUGCAGGCCAUGUGAGAGACAGUGAGAGGGAGAGAGAGAGAGAGGGAGAGAGAGAGAGAGAGAGAGAGAGAAAGAGAGAUAGAGAGAGAGAAGGAUCCGGCGCUUCAGACAAAAUCCACUUUCAAAGAAGAAGCUAAAAAGGGUGGAAAAGGGGGCCAACGUCAAAGCAGUGUAGCAGCCCUCCUUGUUUGAUUUCCCUUCCUCUAUCUAGUUCAUGAUGAAGUAGAGACGCUGUUUACUAUUAAAAAUGCAGAAUGAACCUUUUUACUUCUCAGUUCUUUUUUCAAAAUGUUAAUGGUUGCCAAAUGCUGUUCUUCUUUGCUGCGUCUCUGUUGUUUGCUGUCUGAGAUUUGUUUGUAGAUUGGCAGUAGCGUUAAAACAGUUUGAAUCCGUCUGUGCUCCCUGUGCCCCAGCUCGUCUGUUGUAAGCAAUAGGAAUGGCAGUAAAAUAAAAAAAAGUCUUCUCCAACA